UAGUUAUCAAUUUCAUUCUGUUUUAGCUCUUUUGUUUUGGUAUAGACGAUGCAUUAAAAAAAGGAAGCGAAAAAAUACAAAAUUGUAAAAGAUAAGUAAAAAUUUAAAAAUUUAAUUUCUCAUCGUUCAAUGAUAAAUGGAUAAGGAUUCACAAAACUACUACGAUGUUUUAAAUGUUCGUAGAGAUUGUAGUGGUAAGGAAAUUCGUAGCGCUUUCUUAGAACUGUCAAAAAAAUACCAUCCCGAUGUAAGCGUAAAAUCGAAUCCAAAAGAUGCAGAAAAGUUCGUUAGAAUUUAUGAAGCUUACGAGACGCUAAGUAAGCCAAAGUUGCGAAAAGAAUACGAUAAUCUCUUAAUACAGGGCCUCCGUUCUAAUGAACGCAGGAUAGUAGAAAAUACGCCAAAUUCCGCAGUUCAUGGAUCUUGGGAAGUUAGACCAGACGUUGAUGCUCAUCCCGGUCCUUAUUAUGGUGUUAGAGGUUGGAGUCGGAUUUCAAAUUCAAAAAUUGCUUUAGCUUUGUUUAUUCUUGGCAUAAUAGGUGGCCUAUCGGGAUUUGCCUCUGUUAAGCGUUCACAUAAUUACCAGAAAACGCGUAUAGAUGAAGUUUCUGCGAAGGCCAAUGAACAUCAUGAAAAGAUACGGUCCGAUGCUCGCAAGUAUGGAAAGGAGGAGCAAGUAGAGCGCGUAGCGAAGCGCAUCUUCAAAAGAAUAGAUUCAUAGCCUCAUCUAUUGCUUUAUUUCUUCAGAAAAGAAAGGAACAGCGGCAAAUUUUGUAAAUAUUAAUAUUUUGAAAUUAAUUAAAAAAAAAAAAUAAAUAAAUAAAUGCAACCAAUCUUUUAAAUACCAAAUGGAAUUAUAAAUUUGAUACAAUGUAAGAAUCAUGGAUAUGAAGAAUAAUAGACCACAAUGACCGUAAUAACACGAAAUAUUAAAGCUAACUAUAGUGAAGUUGAUGCUUGUAAAUUUAUGUACACAUAGUUGACUUCUUAAAGGCUUAAAAUUUUCUAGACUAGUUAAGUUAAGAUUUACUGCUAAUCUAAAUUGUUAUU